AUGAGCCUGGGUUGGUGCUGCUUGCUGCCCGUUCCGCUCCCGCGGGUCUCUGGGGUUGCCGAGUAUCCCACCUUUCGUGCGAGUACAAGUCAUUUCGACCGUGACCUUGCAGUUUCUUUAUCAACCAACCGUGGCUUUGGAGCUUUCCAACGAUCACAAGAUACUUCCCAGAGAGGUGGCCUCGACCGAACAACGGUGUAUCUCGUACCAAUACAUGAGACGCCGUUCUCACCAAUCAUCCCACAAUUGAGUCUCAACACUUGGCCACCUCGGCGCUUGCGGGAGUCUUCACCUGAAUCUCCGGUAGGAAAAGGCGUACGUUACAUCAUCUACCGCUGUAAGGAUGAUGAAUGCAAUUCCACGUGA